AUGGCGUCAUUUCCAGACUCUGAUCUGCAAACAUGUCCCCUGUGUAAGGAAUUGUGUGGGUCCUCGGCUCCGAUCUCCUCCAACUCAUCUACCUCAUCGUCCUCAUCACAAACCUCCAGCUCUACCUCAUCGUCCAGAAGGCUCCACGUCCUUCCGUGUCUGCAUGCCUUCUGCAGACAGUGUCUCGAAGGCCAGAGAAACCCUGGCGAUCCACUGAAACUUCGAUGCCCGACCUGUGACCAGAAAGUCUCGAUGUCCGAAUCCGGCGUGGACGAUUUGCCGUCCUCCAAUUUUCUUUUCAGUAAUUUGCUGGACGUCGUUGUUUCCUCAGAGGAACAGAGCAAAAAUAGUUGUAGGGGUAACAAUACUCACGGUGGUCUUCUCAGACCUCACCACCUCACCGAACCUCAGUGCAGCUCUUGCGACGAAGGCAACCCCGCUACCUCACACUGCCUGGACUGCCAGGAAUAUCUCUGUGACAACUGUGUCCGGGCCCAUCAGCGGGUUCGGCUAACCAAAGACCAUUUUAUCGAGAGACUGGUGGAGAGUUUACACCUUGGAAGCCGGACCAACAACUCCAACACUCCUGUCUCGCUGUCCCAGUCCUUCCACCCGAAUUUCUCGCUGCUCCCUGUUUUCCAGGACCGGGUGGACUUCUGUCAGCAGCAUGAGAACGCGGUGCUGCGGUUCUUCUGUGAUGGCUGCUCUGUGCCCAUCUGUCGGGAGUGCAGCGUGGGCAGACACGCGGGGCACAGCUUCACCUACCUUCAGGACGCCCUGCAGGACUCCCGCGCUCUCACCAUCCAGCUGUUAACGGACGCCCAGCAGGGCAGGCAAGCUGUACAGCUGAGCAUAGAGAAGGCCCAGGCCAUAGCGGAGCAGGUGGAGUUGAAGGCCAAGGUGGUGCAGACGGAGGUUAAGACGAUCACACUGCGGCAUAAGAAGGCUCUGGAAGAGCGCGAGUGCGAGCUUUUAUGGAAGGUGGAAAAAAUCCGACAGGUGAAGGCCAAAUCCUUGUACCUACAGGUGGAGAAGCUGCACCAGAACCUCACCAAGCUGGACAGCACAAUAGCCACAGUCACGCAAGUCCUUGAGGAGGGCCGCAGCAUGGACAUUCUGUUAGCACGCGAGCACAUGCUUAACCAGCUGCAGGAGCUAAAAGCGCUGCGCUGCAUCCUGCAGCCGCAAGAGGAUGAUCGCAUCAUGUUCACGCCACCUGACCAGGCCCUCCUCAUCGCUAUCAAGUCUAUGGGUCUCAUCAGUAGCGGUGCUUUUGCCCCCGUCACCAAGGCCCACGGUGAAGGGCUCAAGAGGGCCCUGCAGGGCAAGCUGGCCUCCUUCACCGUCGUGGGCUACGACCACGACGGCGAACCGCGGUUGUCCGGAGGAGACGGCGUCUCGGUGGUGGUGAUGAGUCCCGACGGAAACCUCUCGAGUGCCGACGUGACCGACCACCAGGACGGCACCUACACCGUCAGCUACCUGCCCAAGAGCGAAGGUGAGCAUCUGCUGUCAGUGCUCAUCUGCAACCAGCAUAUUGAAGGAAGCCCCUUCAAAGUGAUUGUCAAGUCUGGCCGCAGCUACGGAGGUAUUGGCUUGCCCAUUGCCUCCUUUGGGGGAGAGGGCGACGGUGACGGCCAGCUGUGUCGGCCUUGGGGUAUCUGCGUGGAUAAGGAGGGCUACGUGGUGGUUGCCGACCGAAGCAACAACCGCAUCCAGAUCUUCAAACCGUGUGGCACCUUCCACAACAAGUUUGGCACCCUAGGCUCAAGGCCGGGCCAGUUUGACCGGCCGGCCGGAGUGGCCUGCGAUAACCAGAGGAGAAUCAUCGUUGCCGACAAGGACAAUCACCGCAUCCAGAUCUUCACCUUUGAUGGCCAGUUCCUCCUCAAGUUUGGCGAGAAGGGAACCAAAAACGGGCAGUUCAACUACCCGUGGGACGUGGCCGUCAACUCGGAGGGCAAGAUCCUGGUGUCUGACACCCGCAACCACCGCGUUCAGCUUUUCGGACCGGACGGGGUGUUCCUCAACAAGUACGGCUUUGAAGGAGCCCUCUGGAAGCAUUUCGACUCCCCCCGCGGGGUCGCGUUCAAUCAGGAGGGCCACCUAGUGGUGACCGACUUCAACAAUCACAGACUGCUCGUCAUCCGUCCCGACUGCCAGUCGGCCCGGUUCCUGGGCUCCGAAGGCACAGGCAACGGGCAGUUCCUACGCCCACAGGGCGUCGCCGUGGACCAGGAGGAUCGUAUUAUUGUGGCCGACUCAAGAAACCAUCGCAUCCAAGUGUUCGAACCCAACGGCAACUUCUUAUGCAAGUUUGGGACUCAGGGUAACGGCUUUGGGCAGAUGGAUCGCCCGUCGGGUAUAGCCAUUACCCCUGACGGAAUGAUUGUUGCUGUGGACUUUGGAAACAACCGAAUCCUCAUGUUCUGA